AUGUGUCACAUACUAAUAACUAUAAAGAUAAAUUUCAAGUACCCCACUAGAAAUGAAAUGAUUCUCGAUGGAUUCAAUAUAAAUAUCAAAGCAGGCCAGCUAUCAUUUAUUGUGGGAAGAUCUGGCAGUGGAAAAUCCACUCUGGGUCAUAUACUUUUGAAACAAUAUGAAAGAGCUUCCGGCGCUAUCUUUAUAGAUGGACUUGUUUUUGACACAAUAAGCCCCCGCUGGCUCUGUGACAAUAUAUUCGUUGUUGAGCAACAAAGCAUAUUGUUUGAUGUAAGCAUCGAUGAGAACAUUAAAUUAGCAGCGAGUAGGGCAACAAACACUGAGAGUAUCCGCAAUGCUUGUGACCAGUUUUUUGUGUCUGAAUUUGUAGGAGAGCUACCUCAAGGCUGGAAAACCAAUGCCGGCCUGCAAGGAAAGAACCUAAGCGGAGGCCAAAAACAAAGAAUAUCGCUAGCAAGAGCAAGGUUAAGAAAUACUCCAAUUAUGAUAUUCGACGAAUCAUUUAGUGCCUUGGAUCCCCAGAUGAGAGCAAAGUGUCUUGAAGAAAUCAGAAAGUACCGGGCAGAUAAGACUACAAUAAUUAUAACCCACGAAUUAGCUCAGAUAAAUCCGGAUGAUUAUCUUUACAUCAUGGAGAGUGGGAAUAUUGUUGAGCAUGGACUAAGAAAAGACCUCGAAGCAGAUUCAGCGAGACUGAACUUUCUAGCUGAUUUAUCAAAUUCAUCCAAUAGAGCAUCCGAGGAUCUCAGUUUUAGUGAAAACUGGUUUCCAGAUUUGCCAUCAAAACGGCAUUCUCGAGUCGACGAGAGUAUUGCGCACAGGAGACAGAGCACCAUCGACCCUUACAAUCAAUUUAUCUCGGAGGAUGAACAGAUUGAUAGUAAGGUUCAAGCAUGGAAGAGUAAAAAACGGAUCUCAACCACAAAGUUGCUGUUUCAGUUAAUCAACAGCUUGCCAAACAAAAUUGUAUUUGGAAUAGGUAUCGUAUCGGCUGUACUGAAUGCCAUAACUAAUCCACUUUUCUCAUUCGCAUUCUCCAAUUUGCUAAAUGGAAUUAUAUAUCAGAAGCAGAUGGGAACAUCAGAUUAUAGUCUCACCAGGUGGACUGUGAUAGUGAUAGCAAUAGCCAUAGGCGACGGCAUUACCACAUAUGGCCGAACAGCAUUAGAUAUUGCCUCAGAAACAUGGCUUAGACACGCAAGAGUUAGAUCUCUGAGAAACAUACUGGACCGUGAACUUCUAGAUCUCAAUACAGACACAGAAUCAUCUUUGACUUCGCUUUUAAUGAACGAUUCUGAAUCUGUCAGAUUAUUAGUGUCCCGAUUCACAAGUGGAGUGAUCAGCUGUGUCAUUUUAGGAGUAUUUGCCAUUGUAUGGUCAAUGAUUUCUGGUUGGCAACUAAGUCUAGUAGGUCUAUCGUUCAUUCCAUGCUUCUACUUCUCCUCGGCUUGGUAUAAAUCUAUUGUCACCAAGUGGGAAGCACUCUACCGAGAAGAGACCACUUCGGUGAUUGGCCUCAUAGACGAAGUUGUUGCGGGGAUCAAAUCCGUAAAAUUACUUGCCUUGGAAAACUAUUUCAAAAAGGAAGUUGAUAAAAGGGAGAUGACUCUGAAUGCUAUUGCUUUCAGAAGGGCGAUAUUCAUAGGCCUUGGUUUUGGAGUUAAUCAGAUAUUCAUGUACAUUACCCAAGCAAUCAUUUUAUACUAUGGCAUGACACUGAUAUCUGAUGGAAAGUACUCUGUUCAACAGGCUAUGAUGGUAUUUACUUUGCUCAUAUUUUCCUUAGUAACUUUGGAACAGACCGUAGGCACAAUACCUAUUCUCAGUAACGGAUUCGAAACUUGUCGGGAGAUUCUAGAUUUGAUGAAGAGAUCACCUUCUAUGGAAAAAGCCAAAGCACAUUAUGAUAUCACUAAAGGAAGUAUCAAGUUUGAGAAUGUCGGAUUUUGGUAUUCUUCAACUACCUCAACAGAGGAUAGUGAGUUGGAGGGUAGUGGAACUAGUCCAGUGUUGCUUAACUUCAAUCUCGAAGUCAAUUCCAACGAAGUGGUGGCGAUUACUGGUCGCUCUGGUUGUGGAAAAUCGACUCUUGCAAGACUAGUCACUAAACUCUACUCUCCACAACGAGGUACUAUUAGUGUCGACGGGAACGACAUAAGUGAUCUUAGCACUAGAUCUCUACGAAAGAAGAUCGCAAUAGUCAGCCAGAUGCCGCUUUCAUUUUUCGAAGGUACUAUCGCUGACAAUCUUAGAUACGGAAUGAAAGAUGAUCGAACAACGCCAGAACGACAGCAAAUGGAUUUGAUGCGACAAGCUUGCCGAGAAUCAGGACUGGACGAGUUCAUCAUGUCUCUCGAAGAAGGGUACGAGACAAAAAUGGGCAGCUCGAGUAGUUCGGGCUCGUUGCUAUCCGGUGGACAGCUUCAAAGAUUGGGCAUCGCUCGGGCAUUACUAAGAAGCCCUAAAAUUCUCAUUCUGGAUGAAUGUACAUCAGCUCUAGACGCAGAGUCUAUAGAUAUCAUUAAGCAGAUGAUCAAGUAUCAUCGAACUGUACGAGAUAUGACCAUAAUCAUCAUAACCCAUCAAGAAGAGAUGACUGACGGGGUGGAUAGAGUCAUUAAGAUGUAG